UAAAACUUCUAACGAGGAAGAGCUAAAAAAAAAUUCUGCAAACAAAAUCAAAAAAAUUUUAAGACUUUUGUGAGCGCGUUUAAUCGUUAAGUCAGAAUAAAAAGUAAAGAAAUAAUUGAGAAGAAAAAAUGCGUGGACGCGGUGGUUACAUUCAACGUGGACGCGGUUCCCUUACAUCAAUGGGCAAUCGGUAUUACAACAACCGUAAUUCGAGCAAUUACGUGAGCACACGAACCCAGGGAAACUAUCGCCCGAAUGGCGGACGGUAUGAAAACAAUUACCACCAUACCAACAACCGUUAUAGCGGAGGUGGUGGAGGCAGCGGUGGUGGUGGUGGCAGUGGAGGAGGCGGCGGCGGUGGCGGCAAUAGCCAUCACUAUGAGAAUCGCAGUCGUGACAUUGUCAACCAUCAUAACUCGAGCAGCGGUGGUGGACGCUACGAUUCCGGAUCCAGUCACAAGCGUAGCUAUGAUUCAGGACGCGAUCGAAGCGAUGAUCGUAGCAAACGUCAACGUAUCGAUGAUUAUCGUCGCACGAGCUCGUCAAACGAUCGCAGCGAUCGUCCAUCAUCAUCUUCGCAGAAUUUGGGAGGAGGUGGUUCAUCAUCGUCCAAUUACCAUCCACGCAGCAGUACCAGUGGCGGAGGAAGCGGCGGCGGAGGAGGUGGCGGCGGUUCAAGUUCAUAUCGUCAGCGUGAUGACUCUGGCUCUGGCAGUCGCCAUCAGCGCGAUUCGUCAAUGGGACCACCCAAACGCAUGCUGCGCAGUGUGGCCGGCACCAGCUAUAUAUCACGUCCACGCGGCGGCACCAUGAAUAUGCGUGGCGGGAUUGUACGCAGCAUGCGUGGCGUUGGUACCAUGCGCAUUGUCCGUGCUCGGACCAAUGAGUCAAAUGAUUUGCGGACUAUGCGCCGCCAGCUGCUCUAUGCUCAGCAGAAAGAUAAAGCUCUAUUGGCUAAAAUAGAGCAGCUGAAAAGCUCAUUGCGCCGCCAGCGCCAGGGAGGGAAUGCUAGUGAAAAUUCCAGUGACAAAGAUGACAACGACAACAAUGACAAGGAAGAAAGUAAGCCUAGCAAGAGCAAGAAGAAGCACCAUAGCAAAGACGAUGGAGAAGAUGGAGAUGCCGCCGAUGUUGAUAAAAAGGGCGAAUCGACUAAGACAAAGUCAUCGCUAGGCAAGAAACGCCCCAAAAGCGAACCCGAAGGCAACAACGGUGGUGGCGCCGAUGACGACGACGACGAUGAUGAAGACGUCGAUGAUCAAGAAGCCGGAGACGAUGAGCAGGAUCAGGAGAAGGGCGAUAGUGAGUCGGAUAAGAAGAAAGGCAAAUCAAAUGCUGGCGCCUCUGAUGAUGAGGAUGAAGAUGAUGCCGCUGCUGCAGCUGCUGCUGAUGAAGGCAGCGGCGGCGGUGAGGGCAAGUCUCAAGGCAAGACAGAUGAUAGUGGCGCCGAUGCCGCCGAUAAGCCCAAAGAGAAGAGCAAAUCUUCAAGUUCAGCUGAUAAGUCAGGUAAGAAGAAGUCAGUUAAAGAUGGUGCUGAUGCCGACAAAGAUGGAAAGGAAUCGUCGUCCAAGUCAAAGAAAAGCUCCAACAAGAAGGAACGUUCCCGUAAGGAAAAGGAUGAUAGCGACGAUGAGGGACGCAGCAAGGAACGACGCAGUUCCCGUCAUCGUGACGAGGAUCAAGGAAGUGCACGUAAGCGCACUUUCAUCAAGCUCACCUGUGUCCAUUGUCGCAUCAAGUGUGUUACCUUCAAGGAAUAUAGCUUCCAUCUAAACUCGCGCACUCACAAGAAUUCUAUGCGCAAUGUGGCACUUAAUCAACGUGCCGAUCUUCAGCGCAUGCGCGCCCGUCAACGCACCACCCAGCGUGAGAUUGAAGAGAAUAGCAAGGAACAGCACGAGUCGCGCUAUUGUCGCCUUUGCCGUCUGGCCUAUCGUCAGCCGAAGAGUCUGCAUCAGGCUUCCGAGCAUCAUAAGACUAUCAAAAAAUUCCUGAUGCCCUACUGCGGCUGUUGUCAUCUGGCAUUCAAAAAUGCCAUGCUCUAUGAGAAUCAUCGCUGCUCCCUGGAGCACAUUCGGAACAAGGUCCGCAACGAUGAGUCUGGAUCGGAAGAUAGCGUCGAUGAGCGUGAAAUUGACUUGAAUAAAUUCCUUACCGUCGAUUCGGUUGGCGAGAUAGAUGACGAUAUUAUGGAGGCCGAUAUCGAUGCAUUGCUUAGCAAAGCGGAAAUUGCACAAAAGAGCACCGACGAGGAAAUCCGCAAGCGUGGAUUAAUCGGUGCUGAGUUUAUAAAAGCUCUAGAAGCAUUCUUUUGCGAACUGUGCAAUCAUUACUCCGUCAAGACGGAAGAAAUUUCGCUCGAUGAUUAUGCUAAGAAGCAUUGCCUGCAACAUCCCCAUGUUAAGGCGUUCCUACGUCACAAGGAGGAGUCGGAAAAGAAGGCCAAGGCCGACCAAGAUGAUGAGCACGACGACGAUGAAGCCGAGGAGCAAGACGAGAAAACUGACAAAGAGACUAAGGAUGCCAAUGACGAAAAGGAUGCUGACACUUCCACUGAGGCCAAGAAUAUCGACGAUGACGAUGACGAAGACUAUGCUGAGGUGGAUGAGAAUGAAAAGCUAUGGGAGGAGGUCGACAAAGAUUUGGGCGACCUCUUGGCCGAAGUGGAGCCAAUAGGCCAAGAAGACGAGGACGAAUCAGUCCUAAAUAUUGACAUUCAGAGCGAGAAAAACAAGGCUAAAGAUGCCGUUGAGGAAUCCAAUGGCAAGGACGAUGAUGAGGAUGAGUCUCCACCGUCGGCUACACCAAAAGAAGUGAAACCACCAACUACUGUGGCAACUGCCGCUGCUGCUACCAAAUCGUCUACUGAGAAAAAGGCCACACCAGCCGCAGCUGUGCCAGCCGUUGCUGCUGCUGCUCCAGCUCCAGCUCCAACUCCAACUCCAGCUUCGGCUACAGCUCCAGCUGCCGCAGCCAGUGCUCCUGCCACACCAGUAGCUGCCGCCAAGUCAGCUCCGGCUGCGGCUACAUCGGCGGCCAAGAAACCGGCCAAAAAGCCAGCUCCCAAGCCGGCCACUCCGGCAGCUAAGGGUGCCAAGCCUGGACCGGCAUCAACGAAACGCAAUGUCGUGGUCAAUGUGAAACGCACUGUGGCCAUUAAAACUGGCAACAAGUCCGCAGCCAACGAUGCCAAGUGAGCCAAGUGACUCGCCCCACAACAAGAAGAAAAAC